AUGGUGAAUAUCACCUACGAUAGCUCUGGCUCAAUCGUCUGGGUCGAUGGAAGUGCUGACCCCGCUGUACCGUGGGUGUACAACCCAGGCGACAUUGCCUGGGUAUUAGCCUCCACCGCCCUUGUGUGGAUCAUGAUUCCAGGUGUUGGGUUCUUCUACUCAGGUUUACUAAGGCGAAAAAAUGCCCUCUCAAUGAUAUACCUGAGUAUGAUGACUCUGGCAGUGGUGUCAUUCCAAUGGUUCUUCUGGGGUUUCUCUCUUGCUUUCAGUGAAACUGGAAGCCGUUUCAUUGGCAACCUCAAAUACUUCGGUCUCAAGGGUGUUCUCGAGGAACCCUCCAUCGGCAGCACACGAAUUCCAUCAAUCGUCUUCUGCGUCUACCAACUGAUGUUCGCGGCCAUUACUCCAAUGCUUGCGAUUGGUGGCUUUGCCGAGCGUGCGCACCUGGGACCCCUCCUUUUCUUUGUUUUUGCGUGGUCAACACUCGUUUACGACCCAAUCGCAUGCUGGACUUGGAACUCUAACGGCUGGACUUUCGUUCUUGGAGGUCUUGAUUUUGCCGGAGGAACUCCUGUCCAUAUUUCUUCCGGAACUGCUGCUCUGGCCAUUUCUAUUUACCUUGGCAAACGUCGUGGGUAUGGAACCGAAGCCCUUGCCUACAAGCCCCAUAACACCACCUAUGUUAUUCUGGGCACAAUUUUCCUUUGGUUCGGCUGGUUCGGCUUCAACGGAGGAUCCGCUCUCGCUGCCAACUUGCGUGCUGCCCAGGCCUGCAUUGUCACCAAUCUCGCUGCCAGCGUUGGCGGAUUGACAUGGAUGCUUUGGGAUUAUCGCAUUGAGAAAAAGUGGUCGGCUGUAGGUUUCUGCUCAGGAGCCAUUGCCGGUCUCGUUGCUAUUACCCCAGGCUCUGGGUUUGUGGGUUCCCCCGCCGCCGUUUUAUUCGGCUUUAUGGCUGGAACCAUCUGCAACUUUGCCACACAGCUUAAGUUCUUCGCUGGAUACGAUGAUUCUCUUGAUAUUUUCGCCUCCCACGCUGUUGGCGGAAUUGUUGGCAAUAUUCUUACUGCCAUCUUCGCGCAGGCCAGCGUAGCUGGGUUUGAUGGGUUCACCUCCAUUCCCGGAGGAUGGCUUGACCGCCACUGGAUCCAGCUCCCCAAGCACCUUGCUGACUCUGCUGCUGGCCUUGGAUACUCCUUCGUCAUGACCACUAUUAUUCUCUGGAUCAUGCACUACAUUCCCGGUCUCCGCCUCCGUGUACCAGAGGAAGUUGAGAUUAUUGGUAUCGACGAGUCUGACAUGGGUGAAUACGCCUAUGACUACGUUGGCCUCGAGACGGAGCUCAAGCCUACCGCAUACGCGGGUGCACGUUCAACUGCGUAUGAUGGAAGAGAAUCCGACCUGAAAGAAAGAUCGAGUAACGCAUAA